AUGCCAGCCUCACCAAAUGAUUCUACAGCAUCACUCUCCAAUGAGGAUGCCUCUCCUCCUCUCAAUUCAUCCUCUUCUUCUCAAAAACGAUCCUAUCAAUCCAUGAUCUCGGCACUUUCUCUUUCGCAACAUCAAGCAGCAGCAGAGGAAGAUGAGGCUUCAUCACCCACUCAUACAACAAGUAAUAACGCUAUGGAUCAAUCCAUAUUGAGUAACAGUACUACCACUCAAGAAGAAACAACAACGAAAAAGAAGAGAAAAACAAAAGCCUCCUCUUCGACAGCAUCUACAAAAUCCAACAAGAAUUGUCGUGAUGAUUCCUCACUCCGAUUACUGACUCGAAAAUUUAUUCAUCUCAUUGCAGAGGCUAAAGAUGGUGUGUUAGAUUUAAAUCAUGCUGCUGAGACACUCUCUGUACAAAAACGAAGAAUUUAUGAUAUUACCAACGUUUUAGAAGGAAUUGGACUCAUUGAAAAGAAAUCAAAAAAUAAUAUUCAAUGGCUAGGAACAGGAAUUGCAGUCAAUGCACCUGAAAAUUGUGAAGAAGUUAAAAUUAUUCAAAAUGAAAUUGCAACAAUUGAAUUUCAAGAAAGACAAGUCGAUCAAUUGAUUUAUCAUGUUCAAGAAUCACUUCGAUGUUUAAAUGAAACAGAUCGUAGAUUAGCAUUUGUAACCUAUGAUGAUGUUUUGGAUAUUCCAACAUUGAAAGACAGAACAGUGAUUGCUAUUAAGGCUCCAUCAGGUACUACAUUGACUGUUCCUGAUCCUGACGAAGGAAUGGAAUUGGGAAAGAGAAGAUAUCAAAUAUUUUUAAAAUCACCUGCAGAUCCUAUUGAUGUGUAUUUGGUCGAUCGAGAAGAGAAUGUUGUCAGUGGUGGUGGUGCUGGUGGUGGUGGUGCUAGUGAAGGAGAGAUGGGUACCACAGCGGUGGCCACAGCAGUUCAUGCUUCUUUGCCAUUUGAACAUGGUGCUAGUUUAAUCGAUGAUUCGAAUAUUCGUGGUGUUGGUGCUGCUGGUGGCUCUGUUGGUAUUGUUGGUACUGGAUCUGUCCAUCAACAAUCCAAUGACGACUUUAUGUUUGAAAUGGAUUCAGGUGAAGGUGUUUCUGAUUUGUUUUUGUAA